AUCUUCAUCAUCACUUGUCUCCAAACCAUCCGCAAGAAAAUCAAGAGAAAGAGAGGGCAAAACUUUCUCCGACAGCCCUCUCGUUCUCCGAUCAAAACCCAUUUCAAAGAUACUAUCUUUUUCAAUUUUCAAUUGCUGCUUUAAUAAUAUAUACGCAUAUACAUACAUAUCUUAUAUCUAUUGCUAUCUCUUCAUAUGGUUCUUUAUUGUUUGAAUUCUUUUGAUGCGACGAUUGAAUGCUAAGCCAGUCGUCGAUGAUCCACCUGUCGCUGAAAAAGACUCAAUGGAUUCUCUCAAGUACCGUCCCAUCAAUCGAUCCCCAAAUCUGUUUUCUCGAGCCCAAGUCAAUAACAAGAACGGCCCAAGAUCCAAACUUUUUUUGUUUUCUGUGGUUUUGAUUAGUUUUACAUUGUUGUAUUUCUUGUUCUCUGGGUCUAGAAUUGCGGGUCAAAAGAAUUUUAGGGUUUUGAUUGAUGGGGGAAGUACAGGGACUCGGAUUCAUGUUUUUGAGUAUUGGGUCAAGAAUGGGGUUCCUGAGUUUGAUUUUGGGAAUGAUGGGUUGGUUUCGAUGCGUGUAAUGCCUGGGUUGUCUGCGUUUGCUGAUGAUCCGGAGAAGGUGGGUGGGUCGAUGAAUGAGCUGGUGGAAUUUGCCAGGAAGAGAGUGCCCAAGGAAUACUGGGGGAAGACUGAAAUUCGGUUGAUGGCUACUGCUGGAUUGAGGUUGGUAGAUGGUCAUGUUCAGGAGGAGAUCUUGGAGGCUUGUCGGAAGGUUUUGAGGCUUUCAGGGUUCAAAUUUAGUGAUAACUGGGCUUCUGUCAUUUCAGGUUCUGACGAGGGACUAUAUGCUUGGGUUGUUGCUAAUUAUGCUCGUGGUAGUCUUGGUGGUCAUCCUGAGCAAACAACUGGAAUCAUCGAACUUGGUGGUGCCUCUGCUCAGGUAACCUUUGUUUCGAGUGAUCCAGUACCUCCUGAGUUCUCACGCAUAGUUAAAUUUGGGAAUUCCAGUUACAAUCUAUACAGCCACAGUUUGCUACAUUAUGGCCAGAAUGUAGCAUUCAACCUGCUAAAGGAUUCGCUCCUUACAAAAGAAUUAAGAGUAGCUGCUAAAUCUGUUCCAAUGGAGAAACAAGUCGAUCCUUGCACCCCUCGAGGAUAUAAACAUGAGCUAUCGGAAGGCCUCUCUCCUAGUUCCAUGUUGGAAAAUAGAAGGUAUUCAUCUGAUCUGCAUCCAAGUGGUAACUUCUCAGAAUGCAGAUCUGCUUCGUUGAAGCUGCUGCAGAAAGGAAGGGAGAAAUGUUCCUACAAGCACUGCUCUAUUGGAUCAACAUAUAUACCGAAGCUCAAAGGGAAAUUUUUGGCCACAGAAAAUUUCUUCCAUACAUCUAAGUUCUUUGGGCUGGCACCUAGAGCAUUUCUGUCUGACCUACCAAUGGCUGGUAAAGAAUAUUGUCAAGAGGAUUGGUCAAUAUUAAAGCAGAAACACCCCACACUGGAAGAUGAGGAUCUGCUUCGGUUUUGCUUCUCUUCAGCAUAUAUUGUGGCCCUUCUUCAUGAUAGUCUGGAGGUCUCUAUGGAUGAUCACAGUAUUGAAUACGCUAGUCAGGUUGGUGACAUUCCUCUUGAUUGGGCGCUGGGAGCUUUUAUCUUGCAGGCCACAACCAACUCGGCAGUAGAGGACUCAAGUUGGAUCGCUAACAUUGUUAGUAGUGAUUCUUCUGCUUGGCUUACUUUUUCAAUCUUCUUCCUUGUGUUGAUAUUUACUACCUGCUAUAUAACAAGGUGGAGGAAACCUCAGUUGAAGACAAUAUAUGACCUUGAAAAAGGCAAGUAUAUAGUUACACGCGUCGGUAGGUAUUCAUAGAUUUUUUUUUCUUACGGAGAUGAAGCCCGCAGUACUGGUACAGAAGUUCAUUACGAAGGAAGGAAAUACCCUCGGUUCAGAUGUCCGGGUGAGCUAAAGAAAAUGUCCAUUGUCGGAUAUUACUCUCAGUGCCUCUGUUUUAUGGCAAGAUACGAAGUCUUGACUAUAGCAUGUUAAUUCAAUUGUUGAGGUCUUCUAUACCUGGGAAAUUUACCAUCCAGAGGAAAGGGCGAGACAUUUUGUCCACCGAUGCAAGAUAUUUAUGUAUUUAUAAAAUUUUCACUGUAUUGGUUAUGAUGAAUAUAGAAAGACGGGGUUGUAAAAGAUGUAGUUGGGUUACUGUAUUCUUUUGAGGUUAAAUUUAUGUUGCUUUUUAGAGGUACA